GUGGAGAGAUUAUGCUUUUAUUGUGUACUUGAACAGGAAGGUUCAUCUUUCAAGUCAUUGCAUUUUCGUUGUGUUUACUUUGACGUAAACAGCUUAGCGCAUGCUAAUGUCCAUCAUGGUACGUCAUUUGUCAUUUUAACGGCUGUCCGAAGCAUUCAUUUAAGUUAUCCUGAACAUUAAUGAAACAACAGCGUCCUUGAGAGACGCAAAUUAAAAGCCUGACGUUACAGCGACGCCAGUCAAUUUCCUGAGCGUCCUUUAUUGACCCUUAGGAGACGAGUGGAUAAUAGGUCAGUACUGACGAGCAGGCGCGUGCGGAGCUUCUUAACGUCUCCGACGUUGUAUGGCAAGCUGUUAAAAACAAUAAUAGCCCGUGCGUUAACGUGUUGUAAAUACCCGGUUGCGACGUUUUUUCUCGCAGCCAGGCUGAGAAUCUCAACAGCCUGCCGUGAUUGCAAAGGUGUUAGCCUGGCUGAGGCGAUGCGUGGGUCAGCUGGUGGCUCUCGGGAGGUGAGCAUUUGGUUUAGUAACCUGCGUUAGCUCGGUAACCCUCCGCUGCCGUCGUCUCGUGGACCUUGAGGACUCCGUCAUGGACCUGACGCGGCUGGCUGUGGAUGCUGGCCAGUUCAUCAACCGAGCUGUUCAGUACACCGGAGAGAGCCUCGGCCGGGCGGACAGGACCGAGCUGGACGGCGGGCUGGAGGAGCUGCUGGCUCGGGCGGACGCCACCAAGACCUGGACGGACUCCAUCAUUUCUCAAACCGAGGUGCUACUGCAACCGAGUCCAGGAGCUCGAUUAGAGGACCGCCUGUACGAGCAUCUGGAGUGGAGCGCCCCGCCUCGACCCCGUGCACUCGAGUUACUGGGGGAACAAAUGACCCAGGCUGGGCUGGAGAUCGGAUCGAACACACCCUAUGGAACAGCUCUAAUAAGGUGCGGCGAGGCCCAGAAGCAGCUGGGAGAAGCCGAGAGGAAGUUUGCAGAGUGCACAAACAUUCACUUUCUCACCCCGCUGAGGAGUUUCACGGAGGGUGAAUACAGAGCCAUCCAGAAUGAGCGUAAGAUGUUGGUGAACAAGCGUUUGGACUUGGAUGUAGCCAAGACCAGGCUCAGGAAAGCCCAUGAAGCGGACAGAGAGGCCAGGAACCUGAAUGCGAACCCGUUGGAUGAUGACUACCUGUCUCACGUUUCCUACAUGUUCAGCUUCCUGCGUGUUAAAUGGCUUAAGAUAUGGGCUCAGGAAAUCUCUCAGGCGGAGAUGGAGCUGAGGAUCUGUCAGAGUCUUUUCGAUCGGCAGUCAGAAAUCACAAGACGGGCUCUCGAAGGAAUCGACAACACUCACAUCAACCACAUGCGGAGCCUUACGGACUUUGUGGAGGGUCAGGCGUCAUUUUUCGCUCAGGGCAACCAACACGCACAGGAACUGCAAAGACAGAUGUGCAGGAUUCCAGCUGUCUUUUGCUCUAAUAACUGGCAAUCAGCAGUUAAUAACGAGCCACCAAUCAGCAGCCAUGUUGCCGGUGAGCCUGUCGGGUUGGAUCAGGUCACUGCGGUUCCCAAAGUAGUUCGCCAGCUGCCAGACUUUGACCAGGACUCGUGGACUCUUGCUGUCAAUCCUAAAACUGAAACAGAUCUCUCUUCAUCUGAUCACACAAACAACAACAACAACAAUAGCGCCUUCAGUACUCUCGGUCAAUCAAGCGGUCACCAACCAGCUGUUAAAAAUCAAUUAUUUACACACCAAACAUUUGAUCUUGUAUUUACAUCCAGCCAAUCAGAUGAGCUUCUUUCACCCAGCAGGACAAAUCAGGGAACAAACAGUUUGCCUUCUGCUGUGAGAGACUCGUCCCGGACUUCCAAUGCAGCGUUUACCAACGCUGCCGCUAGUUUCACAACAGCAGCCGCGUCGCCUCCUCCUCAAGGAAGUACAAUCCAAAAUGAGAGUCAGACGGGAGACGCCGCAGCUACUGACAUCACAGCAUCCACUGAUGUGGUUCCCGAUUCCCAAACAGCCAGUAAAACUCAUGAGCGGCCAGUCACCAGUGGAGAAGAUGUCGAGUCGGGGUUGUGACAAUUUAGAGCACUUCACAGUUGGUUCUCAAUAUCUGGAGCUGCUGCUCUAUUUAGAGGACACAAACAUUAGGUGUGCCAAGCUGGAUUAAUUAUCCUUAUGGAGACUCCAUAGUAAUUGUAAAAGUGCUUGUUUUACAGGGCUCAUGUCAUCAUUUUUACAGUUUUACCGUCGCAGUUGUGUUUUGGAUUGUUGUAUUCAUUUCAGCGUCAAAGACAACGAGCACAAAGGAGCUGGAUUUUCCGGAGGGUGAUGAUAUUGCAGAGGGAACACAUAAUUGACACGUGUGCCACCCAAGAAGAUCAGAGUGACACCAAAGUCUUCAGCGAGAAUACGAGUUCAUAAAGCAAACAUUUAUAUCUGGAUUUGUCCAGUGGGGAGAUGGACGUCAGCAGAAAUAUUGUCGGAGAGUAUUAGCUUGAAGACCUAACUGACCGGCUCCUUAUUCUGAGAUUUAAAAGUGCUCUGCAGCAGGCAUAUAUAAGCUCCAGCUUUGACCUACAUUGUCACUAUGAUGUAAGUGGGUGUCAGCAAUUACAAAUUUCACGACUGUGUCGACAGCUAUAUACUGGUUGCGUAAAAAAAUUAGAGGUAAUGAAUGAAAUUAGCUGAGGAUCUCAGUUUUCUAAACAUAAUUAGCCUCUGUUUUAAAGGGGCUUCCUAUCUGUCAUGAAACUAAAACUACAUAAGUCUGCCUGCAGCUAGUUAUCUUACAACAUGUGUGGUCAGGGAGUUUAAUAAGACUGGAGACGUCAGCAAACAUUUCAUACUUUUCAUCAGUGGUAACAUCUGAGGUAAAACAUCUCUUUGUUGCAUGAGAAACUUUGUGCUCACAAACGACAGCUGCUGUCACCGUGAUGGUCAGCCUAAUCACUCUACUAGAGCUAUAUCUGGUAGAAACAGCUCUACUAGAGAUAGUAAAACCUUUAAAACCUUACACAGUCCAGGUUUUUUUUAUGCAAUUAUAAGUGUGUCACCAUUUCAGACACGUGUGAUUUCAUAGGUUUUAUUGUGUCCAAAAAUUACAUUUUUUUAAUUAUCUGCUUUGUCGAGCAAUAGAAAAGCUGAUGAUCAUUUUCAUAUAUUUAACAAUGUUAAGAUUUUGAGUUUUUCUUGCUCUUAGUUGAUGACAUUUGCCAAUUAGCCUCGAUUUAGUGCCAGUAUAAAUGAAUUUAAAUGUAGCCACACAAAAUAGAUGUUUGAUAUUUAAGAGACGAAAAAAACUGUUACAGAUGUUCAGUGUAAAGUGGAAACGAAGUCUGUAUUUUCACAGACAAUCACCAAACGUAUCAAGUGUUGUGCCAAUUGUACAUGUGUGUAAAUGUAGUUGUAGAGUUUGUAUCACGUUGAAAAGAGCUACUUGUCUCUUCUUUACUCGUGUUUCUCUGAGGUGAGAUUGUUUUCCGUAUGAAAUGCUCACUUGUCUUCGUGUGUCGCAGAGCCCAAGAGGUGAAAACACUCCAGCCUCAAAUCAAUCUUUAUGCUUCUUUACACAGACUUGGUUCUUUCUUCAUCCAUGUUGUCCAGUAAUUUAUUUUCACCACUUUUCAUUUUCUUAAAGCCUUUUUUAUUGUGAAACGGAUAAAAGUUUCCAUAUGCAGAUGUUGAUUUUUCUUCUGCUUCUCUGUUUUGUUAGGCCAAUUUUGGGACCCUGAAACAGACAUGAUGAUGUAAUCUCCUACACCAAAAGCAACACUUUUGUCCCGAUGCAUAAAUAUACUCGGGGCUGGUUAGUAAUAAAGUUUCUCCUCUCAUGUC